GCGCAUGCGCAGUGCCGGGGUCCUCGCGCGGCCUGUGAGGAGAGGACAAAGGCGGGAGCUGGGAAACGACGGUCGAGGCGCAGCGCUCCGCGUUACUUUUACAACGUUACACGUUACUUUCACAGCGUUACAUUAACCCUCCACGCGUUACCUUAUCCGCGUUACACUCACCCACCGCGCUACACUUACCACGUUACACUAAACUCACCCACCGCGUUACUUUUAACCGCGUUACUUUCAACAGCGUUACAUUCACACUGACCGCGUUACAUUUCACGGCGUUACACUCACCCACAGCGUUACAUUCACGUUACCGUUUCAACAGAGCCAACCGCGUUACGUGAACGUCACCACCGUGCCAGCAGUUUAGACUAAAACCGGGCCCUCUUGCCUUAGCAGUGUCGGAACAGCGUUACUUUUUGUUUAAUCACCAAUCGCCCGCGGGAUCGAUUUUGUUGGUAAACGCCGCUCGUAGCGUCAACGAGGGAGCUGCUAUUGCAGCUCAACUCUCGCCGAGAGAAGAGUGAAGAAGAGACAGACGGCGAACAGCGACUGCAUUCGGGGGCCUUUGUUCGUUCUGCCGCUGCCAUGACGGAGGACAAGAAGAAGCUGAUCAAUGUCCUCAUCUUGGGCUUCGCCUUCAUGUUCGUGUUCACCGCCUUCCAGACGUGCGGCAACGUGGAGCAAACGGUCAUCAAUAACCUAAGACGAAACUUCAGUGGGAGUGGCUACACGAGCCUUGCCAUCAUAUAUGGCGUGUUCUCAGCCUCCAACAUCCUCGCCCCGUCCGUUGUGGCCGUGCUGGGGCCUCGCUGGUCCAUGGUGCUGGGAGGCAUUGUCUACAGUGCCUACAUUGCCACGUUCAUCAAGCCGAUGGCGUGGUCGUUCUACACUGCAUCGGUGCUCAUAGGGAUUGCCGCGGCAGUGCUGUGGACGGCCCAGGGCACCUGUCUCACGGUCAACUCUGACCCACCUACCAUGGCCAGGAAUAGCGGCAUUUUCUGGGCUCUGCUGCAGUUCAGCAUGGUGUUUGGGAACCUGUAUAUUUACGUGAGUUGGAAAGGAAAGACACACAUCUCAGAUAAGGAUCGUCGCGUGCUAUUCACGGCCCUCACCGUCAUCAGCCUGGUGGGGACACUGGUGCUUGUGCUGGUGCGGAAAUCUGGCACCCAGGACUCGGCACUCAGCGACGCGGGCGAUACAGAUGAGCCCUGCGACCAAAACGAGACGACCCCCCAAAGAGAAACUCCACAUGGCCCAUUACAAGCUCUAAAGAAUUCCGUGAAGCUUUUCUUCACCAGGAACAUGCUGCUGCUGAGCGUGUGCAUGGCCUACACGGGGCUGGAGCUGACCUUCUUCAGCGGUGUGUACGGCACCUGCAUCGGGGCCACCAACCGCUUCGUGACGGACGCCAAGGGCCUCAUCGGCCUCUCGGGGAUCUUCAUUGGUGUUGGCGAGAUCACAGGCGGAGGUUUAUUCGGGCUGCUCAACAGGAAUAACCGCUUUGGGAGGAACCCUGUGGUGCUGUUGGGCAUGAUCGCUCACAUCAUCGCCUUCUUCCUCAUCUUCCUCAACAUUCCGGAUGAUGCUCCCGUCGUCGGAGAGGCCGGCUCCAACAAAAUCGGCUUCAUGAAUCCCAGUGUCGAGGUGGCGAUGCUGUGCAGCUUCCUGCUGGGCUUCGGAGACAGCUGCUUCAACACGCAACUGUACAGCGUGCUAGGCUACAUGUAUGCCGACGACAGCGCGCCUGCAUUCGCGGUCUUCAAAUUCGUCCAGUCUAUCACGGCCGCGAUCGCCUUCUUCUACAGCAACUACCUGCACCUGACGUGGCAGCUGCUGGUGCUGGUGGUGACCACGCUGCUGGGCACCGGCUCGUUCAUGGUGGCGGAGUGGCAGGCGAGCGUGCCGUCGCACGUGGGAUACGGGCGCAUAUGACCCCGCCGCGUGCUCGCAGACGCCGACACGAGAGUAAACCCGAUGGGCCGCACCUUGGAAGUCGAUUUUCAAUUCCACGCUUUGUAAACGUCGGGAGGACUUUUCACAACACGCGUUUUUGUGAUCGUCGAGGGUACUUGGGAAGGCCGAGAGAGCCGAUUGGGCAUGCCUUUUGUUGU